AUGCUCGACUUACCAUCACCCCAAGCAAACCAUCCAGCAAAUCACGACGAGGUAGUUCGUUCGCCGGGUCUGACGAGCCUGUACUCCCUUCACCCCUUGCAUGGCAGUAUGGCCGCUCCACUUUCCCCCGGAGGGGUUGUCACCGAAACCACGCCCCUGAUUGCUUCGACCUACUCAACGGUUGGGGAGUAUCUGGAAACCAGGGCCCAACACAUGCUCCAACAGGCUGCGCGGAACGAACUCCAGCUGGAUGACCCGGAGGACGUCGACUUGACGCAUGAGUUCGCCUCGGCGCUUUACGCUCUCCACAUUGUUGAACGACACGAUCGGGCGCGCGGUUCAGCCAGAGCCGCGGCAUACAGGGCCAGCGAAACCGCCCGCGUCAGGACCGAUCUCAAGGAUUACGCCGUCUGCUGCCUCAACAUGGCGAUGGCAUACAUGGGUACUGGCGACGAGGACAAGGACGACAAUGAUGACGACGUACUGGUCGUCACGAGGCCUUUGGCGCUUAAGCCGGGCAAGGCUACGAAUGGUGAGUUCAAGCUGGGCAAAAGGAGCAACAGACCCUGGUUGUUUGCGCCUCCGCGCCAUUCCGGGUCAGACGCCAUCGUCUCAUCGGGGCUCGACGCCCGUGGCAGCGCCGCCGAAGAAGCCCGUCUCUCCAUGUGCUCGUCUCAGACGCUGAUUCAUCGAACACCCGCUCGUGCGUGCUUUACUUCCUCGAGCAUGGAGCCGCUCUCGCCGCUCUCGGCAAACGCCAGGGCGAGGCUUGCGGUCAAUCCUGGACAGCGCAGUGACACCUGCCAUUCUAAUCAUCAGUCGAUUGUCGAUGCCUUUGCCAGACGACGCGGUCCAUCAUCGACGGCACACCUGCUGCUGAUGCUCCCUGCUCAGCUCAGUGGCAUCUUCAUCUUCAUUUGGCGCGAUUUCGCCGUUUUCCUUCGCCUGCUUGCGAUCCCGAUGUCGACGCUUGCCAUUGUGCUUCCCAGCUGCCCGAGCCUGCCAUUUUUGACGCCCCAGAAGCUUCUCCCUUUGUCGACUCUCCUGGGGGGAAUUCUCGCCCGAGGAGCGAAGGCAACCGCGCUGUUGGUUCCGCUGUCGCUCGGUCUAUGGGCAAUCUACGCAUUUUCGCUGAACGGGAAGGUCUGGGCCGUCAUUGAGAGCUCUGGCGACGUCGACAUCACGGGUAACGGUGAUCCGAUCGAUGUCGGUCGUGCGCCGUUUGAGACUCGUGUCGCUCUCCUGAUCACGUUGAUUCUGGUGAUCGUUCUCAGCGCUUGCCUCUCGAUCAUCCGUGCGAUGGCACCAGGCAACGACACGCACGAUGGAACGUGGGAGGCAGAGUACGGUGAAGGCAUCGCGCACACUGCGCGACGAGCAUUGGCAGCUGGUGUCGCUCGUUACCUCCCGGCCAGUGUGGACGCCGCGCCGGCAGCCGUUCCUUUGCCUGUGCCCCUCAACGUCCUCAUGCUUCCGUACGACUUCCUGAAUGGAGCUUGGCGGGUCGUCACGCUCGGCAGGGGUCACCCUCCCUUCGCCCUCCGCCGUGCGCGGGGAUGGAUCAGCUUGGGCAUUGUUGCCGCCAUGUGCUUGAUCAUCACCCCUGUCGCCGUCUUGAUGCCCAAGUGGUGA